UAUUAAUGUAUUUAAAUCUUUAAUCAAACAAAACUCAAUAUGCCGGAAAAAAACGAAACAGUUUUAUAUUCACAAUUACAGCCAUGGAGCACCGUAGCUGCCUCUCCUUGCUUAGAACAAGUUGCUGGGCCACCAAUCCCAACACGAAUCGGCCAGUAUUAUCAGACACCUCGACCUCACCCGUGGCGACCUACCCUAGGAUACGAAACUGUUUCCAUUACCCCAUUGCCGAGUCAGCAUUCCACAAAUGCGAUAAUCGAUCCAUGCUACACACCUUACGGAAUGGCAACAGAGCCUUUGAAAUUCCCAAACCUGGUUACUGGGUUCGAACGGAAUCCAGCACAUGCUGCUAGAGCUGCUCUGUAUACCCGCUACAGUACCACAACAUGGACCCAAGGCAAUUUAUACAAUUACAACGAAGCUGAUACCAAUCGACACUACUCUGACCGGUUGCGGCAGGAUUUUGUGAGAGUCAUGAGAGAAUUGGAUGAAAAGACAACUCAAGGUCAAAGGGAAUCGGGAAGGAGGCUAGGUGAGAGAAUCACAGACACGACGUUUUGGAGGAACGAAGUACGAGCAGAACUAGAACGGCUGAUCACAGAGUCAGCUCUAUUAACAGAAACUAGACGCAAAAUGCAAAAGUCUAUAGACGACAUCGAAGGUGUCAUCCACAUCGCUCAGGAAUGUUUAUACCACAGGGAGCAGAGACAAGGUCUCGAUCUUGCGCACGAUAACGCCGAACAGGCUCUGUUGAAGGAAAUCGAAGUGUAUCGAAACGCGCAAGAGAAAGCGAAAGCCUUAUACAGCAAAAUCCAGGGCCAGCUACGAAAUAAUAGAGCCGCUCAACACGAACUGGAAACUGACGUUCGAAGUAAGGAGUCUGCUCUGGGCACUGACAAUUUGUGCCAUCAACUGAACAACUUUUCAAAAGGGAUAAAUUACUACGGCGGAAUUGAAAAAUAUGAUCCUACAGUAGCUAAUACGACAACGUGGGCAGAAAACAGCAACAGGAUUGUGCAAAGAUCUCAGUCCGAGAGGCAGAAGUCCUCGCAAAUGCGAUCAGACAUCGAGAAUCUAAUGAACACCCUCUCUCAGGAGAUCUGGGACUCUUGGAGUAACACCAACAACGCUCUUGCACGUAGAGCUGCCGAGAUGCUAGAAGUGAAGAACAAACUACAAAUGCAUUUACACAAGGUACAACAAGAACUAUUCGAUAUGGAAAAGCACAUCGAACUUCUCAAGAAAGCCAUCAUGGAUAAGAGCAACCCCAUGAAAGUGGCGCAUACUAGACUGGAAGCGAGAACCCACAGGAGAAACAUAGAAUUAUGCAGAGAUAUCGCCCAAGACAGAUUAGUUUCGGAAGUUUACGACAUUCAAGACUCCAUUGAAAUAUUACACAAAAAACUUCAAGAAGCAGAAGCGCAACAUCAACAGUUACUCAAGACGAGAGCUAAUCUUGAAACGAACCUGCACGAUAAAGUUAACUCGCUGUUUAUAGACAGGGAGAAAUGUAUAGGUAUGAGACGGGCAUUCCCAAUCACAGCAACAAUUAAAUAUUAA